AUCGACACCGGGACGACCCUCAUAUAUGCGUCUCGAUUAGUGACAGAGGAACUUUAUAUGAUGGUACUCGUGAGCAUGAUUAUUUAUAAUGGGUUAUUCUAACAAGAGUUGCAAGAUUCCGCAUUCCAGCCGUGCAGACGACCUUGGACAAGGGAUGUACAAAUACCCUUGCAAUUCGGAGGUCAACAUCGCGCUCGUCUUCGAUGACCACAAAUUCUACAUCGAUCGUCGAGAUUUUGACCUCGACCAGAAUUCGAGUUAUUGUGUGGGGGGUGUGCUCUCGCAUGAUGGUAGCGGAUUAGAUGCCAACUUGGUGAUUGUGGGAGGGGUGUUCUUGAAAUCCUAUUACACCACUUUCGAUUAUGGGCCGCGUUCAGGGAAGGCUCGUAUCGGGUUUGCGAAGAGCAUCAAUCAGGACAUUAUAGGUUCAAGUUGAAUACGGGGGGCUGAGGGUUUCCAGUACUAUUCUAUCCCACUUAUAACAAAUUAAUUCGCUUUUGCGCCUUUCCCAGGACCCAAGACUUUUCGCCUCUGAACGAUCAUGUGCGUAUACAUGACAUACAGACCUGCAA